AUGAUCAGCUCUAUCGAACUUCCCGGCGCUCCUUCCGUUCCUGGAGAAACAAAGCCUCGUAUUGCAGCGACUUCCACAGAUGGCAAGCUGACGGCCAACUUUGAGGGCGUCAACAACUUGCAUGAAAACUUCCUUCAGGGAAUGAAUCUCGCUGGCGAAAACGCCGACUACCUGGGAUACCGGCCACAGGACAAGGAUGGGAAAUUCGGACCAUACAAAUGGUUCACCUUCAAGCAGGUCAAGGAGAAAGCCACCAGCGUAGGCUCUGGCUUAGCCAAACUGGGUGCAGCACCACAAUCCUGCAUUGGUAUAUUCUCUCCCAACCGCAUCGAAUGGUCUCUUGUCGAGCAUGCGUCCUACAUCUACAACCAAAUCACCGUCCCGAUGUACGAUACCCUGGGCGUGGACGCCAUCAAGCAUAUGGCGGUGGAGACUGAGAUGAGCAUCUUGGUGAUUGCGCCCGAGAAACUGUCGAUGCUUAGCCAGAUUUGGCCGCAACUCCCGCUUGUGCGCACUGUUGUGAUUCUCGGAGAUGUGUCGGAGGAGGCCCGGGCGGGGGCGCCGGAGGGCGCUCGGUUGGUGUCCUUUGACGAGGUCAUUGCGCUAGGCAACGAGGGUGGUCUGGCACCGCUGCCAGAGGCCGUGGCGGGUCCUCAGGAUAUCUGCACAAUCUGCUAUACGUCGGGCACCACAGGGACGCCCAAGGGCGUGGUGCUCACGCAUAUGUGCUUUUUGUCAUCCGCACAUGGCGUCAAGCAGCGGAUCCGCCAGGGGUUCAUCCCUACUUUGGAUAACUCCGACGUGCACUUGUCGAUUCUUCCGCUGGCGCACUGCCUCGAGCGCAGUGUGCACGCGAUUCUGACCAGCAACGGCACGCGGAUCGGGUUCAACCAGGGUGAUAUCCGCAAGCUCCUCGAGGACAUCACGGAACUGCGCCCCAGUGUGCUUGUUGGUGUGCCGCGGAUCUUCAACCGCAUCAAUGACCAGGUUAGGGCGAAGGGCGGGCUGGCCAACAUGCUGUUCAGCUACGCGUAUGGCGUGAAAAAGGCCAACUUGAACAACAACGUCAAUCAGCAUUGGCUGUGGGACCGUGUGGUGUUCAAGGCGGUGCGCGAGAAAUUCGGCGGCCGUAUUCGCCUGGUUAUCUCGGGGUCGGCGCCGAUUUCCGGCGAUGUCCUGGACUUUUUGCGCAUCGCUCUGUCGACUGUUGUUCUGGAGGGUUACGGGUUGACAGAGACCACGGGCCCCUGCGGCGUCACCCUGGGGAAUGACAUGCAGGCGGGUAAUGUCGGAUGCACCCUGGGCACUUGUCUGUAUAAACUGGUGAGCGUGCCCGAGAUGGAGUACACGGCGGAGGAUCAGCCGCAUCCGCGCGGCGAAGUGUUUAUCCGCGGCAACAAUAUCUUCAAGGAGUAUUAUAAGCGUCCGGACCUGACCGCCGAGACCAUCAAUGCCGAGGGGUGGGUUGCCACGGGUGACAUUGGUAUGUUUGAUGAGCGCGGGAACCUGGUCAUUAUUGAUCGCAAGAAGAAUAUGUUCAAGCUUUCACAGGGCGAGUACGUGACACCAGAGCGCAUUGAGACCAUCUAUAUGGACUCCCCGCUUAUCGACCAAACCUUCGUCCAUGGUGAUUCCCUGAAGAGCGAGCUCGUGGCUAUUGUUGUGCCGAAUGAGGAGUUCUUGCGCAAGGAAUUGGCCAAGAAUGCUGAAUUGGAGCGGUUUGUUGAGGCAGAGUUUAAGGUGAUUUGUGAGGAUCCAGCCGUGAUCAAGCUGAUGACCAAGGUGGUUAAUGAUUGGGGAAGGAAGAAUGCGCUAAAGGGAUUUGAGAUUCCAAAGUGUAUUUAUCUUGAGCAUGAGCCGUUCACUGUGGAUAAUGAUAUUCUGACGCCGACUUUUAAGAUUAAGCGUCCUUCGGCUAAGAAGCAUUAUCUGCCAACCCUUAAUAAGCUGUAUGAGACUCUGGACUUUGCUAGCAAGGCAAACUAA